ACGCUACCAACAUUGAAAACACAACACCAAGAAAGAGUUGCCCAAAAAUUAUGCAAAUUUCAGGGUAGAUGCAGGUCACCGAGUUAUGCGAAUGAUGUGAAAUACGCAACUCUCCAUCGCAUAUUGAAGAACAUAUAAGGGGAAGAACUUGCAGAAUGCUCAAUUUUCAUUCUGUUAUUUCUGCCAGGGAAAUCAUUGUAGAAAUUUUAUUCUUAUUGCAGAGGACGUGUAUAAUAGCAGAGAAUGCCAGGUUAUCAUCAAUGGAGACAGUUCCAGAAGACACACGAUAUAAUGAGAGGCAUGGUGAUUUGACUGAGAAUGGCAGGUUGGUCUAUACUGCAAGUCUCAGCUGGCACACACCUGGACAUGUACACAGUGCACCGGCUGUGACGAUGAUGGUUAGAAUAAGGAAAUGCAGCGAGUUCAAGUGGUGCUGGUGCAACCAGAGUGACAUCAGCAUGCAUGGAUCAAUGCUCCCGCUGCAAAGCAGUGGCGCACCAUCAGGCCACUUUUUCCUCCAUUCUGCAGCAUGUUCAAGACACCCUCGAUGUUCCCAUGUUCACCAAAACCAUUUGCUGUCAAUUGGUGGCUAUUGGCCCGCAUUCGUGACAUCCAUUAAGAAGACUGCCAUUGACCCUAUACAAUAAUAGUCUGCAAUGGUGCUCAGCUCGAGCAAUGUGGAAGACAGAAUGGCAUAGGGUCGUGUUCUCAGAUAAGUCAGGCUUCUGUUUCCCCAAUGAUAGUAGCCGUGUAUGAAUGUGAGUGUGACUAUGGAGACAGAUUCAGUCUGUCAGCAAUUGUGGAAUACUGCACCGCAUGACAGCAUGGCAUCAUGGUUUGGGGUGCAAUUGCUUACGAUUCCAGGUCACGUCUAGUUUGUAUUUAUGGCACUAUGAUGGCCCAAUGAUAUGUGGAUGAUGUACUGCAGCUGGUGACACUCUCCUACAUUCAGAGAGUGCCCAAGCCCUUUAUCAGCAGCAUACACACAUUUCGCAUCAGUCAAUGUGCUCUGCAAAAUGUACAGAUGCUUCCCUGGCCACCAUUCUCUCCUGAUAUCUCACCAAUCGAACACAUUUGGGAUAUGAAUGGAUGCCAUUUGCAGACCCUGCUGUUGUCAUGUUUAGAAGAUGAACUGUGGAAAAUGGCUGACAGGGAAUGGAAAGCAUUCUUCAAGACACCAUCCGUAGUCUCAUUGACUCUGUACCUAGAUGUGUUGCUUCAUGUAUUGCCAUCCAAGGUGGUCCUACAACCUAAUGAGGCAACGCUGUUCUCAUUCUGUAUUAAGCAUAUUGUUUGGAAAUAAAGAUCACUUAUUGUUCAUUGCUGUCUCUCUCUGCCAAGUUUCAUCACUUUCUGGCUACUCCUUCUUUGUGUUGCAUUUUCAGUGUCGGGCCCCUAGAGACAUAUGAAAGGAUGGCAUUGCAUUUGAAUUUAGUCCAAUUUCACAUGAAUAAAAUAUCAAAUCUCAGCAUUCUUGAUAGCAAAAAGAAAGCUGUUGAGGAGAUUGCUACAGAUAUUGAAAAGCAUAUAGAAGGCUUUUUCCUUGAAGCUGUAUAUAACAAAGAUACACUGAACCUUCAGAAAAUUCUUCGAAUCUAUUCAAUUAUUAAUCAAGAGAGAGCGGUUGAAAACUAUUUUCGUGAAACUGUGGUGAAGCCAUUUAUGAGAAAGCUUAUUAAACAAGAAAACAUUUCCAAAUAUGGUCUUCCAAAGGUGUAUAGUGAUGUUUUAGAUUUCAUAUCAAGCUCUUGCAGUACGAUUUUACAUGUUACACAAGGAAUUAAAAGAGAUAUUGAAAUAGUUCCUGGAUAUGAUUUCUUAGUUAAUGCUGUUUGGCCUGAACUAAUGCUGUGCUUAGAAUACAUAUCACCUGUGUAUAUUUAUGCUCCAGGAGAUCCGCAACGUUUUCACAAAAAUUAUACAGCCAGCUUGAAUUUUCUUGAGCAAUUUGAACAUCAUUGUGGAGUUCAGAAAAGUGUGACGAGACUAAGAGAACAUUCUUUAUAUAAAGACUUUUUGAAAAAAUGGAAUCUUGAUGUAUAUUAUCAAAUUAGAUUUCAAGAAAUUGCUGGGAAACUUGAAAGUUCACUUUUUGAAGCUUUAGAAUCUCCUGAUGAAACCAGUUCAGAUUUUAUGCUAAGUGCGACUUCUGCCCUUUCAUUGUGCUUACAUCUUUGUUGGAGUGAAAACAUUUUUCUUAUGCAUCUGAGUGCCAGCUUUUGCAAGUUAUCUUUACAACUGAUUUCAAGAUACAUUAAAUGGGCACAUUCCAUAGUGAAAAAUGGGAGUUUAUCUGAGAUAAAUGCAGCUACUUUAAUUACAGAUGUGGAUGCACUUAUUCAAAAAAUUAAGGUUUUUCCUACAGAGACCAUAAGUCACAAAUUAUGUAGUACAUCACUGAAUGAUUACCUUGAAACAGGUUUCAACGAGGCUGUGAAGUUGUUGGAAGAAAUACCUCCACAAGUUGCAAAACUUACUGUGCAGAUAUUGAUUAACAAAUGUUCUCAACAUUUGAAGCUUAUAACAGACAUUCCUAGACUAUACAGGAAAACAAACCGUGAGGUGCCAUCAAAACCAUCUAGCUAUGUGACUCAAGUAUUUAACCCAUUGACUGAAUUUAUUUCCAAAACAAAGUCAAUGUUAUCUGAUAAAUGGAGAUUCUACUGCCUUGAAGAAGCUGUUGAAGGCAUUAUGAAAGAAUGCAUUGCUGUUAUUCAUGAUGUUCUUACAUCAAUUAAAAAGAUGGAAGAUAGCCUUAAAAUUUUAAAACGAGCAAGAGACAAGCCAAUACUUGGUGGGCCUCAAAGUACAGGGAAAGUAAUCACUGAUGAUGAUAAAAUUAGACGUCAGUUAGCAAUAGAUGUUUACUGUAUGGAAGAAUUUGUAUGUGUAAAUUAUCUUUUUAUGUUUGUCAUGUAUUGUAUUUGUAAUUUGAUAUUAAAUGUUCAUUUCUUUUCCCAGGUAGAAAAUUUAGGUUUACAAGUUGAAGACGUAAAAAGCUUCAAGGAAUUGAAAGAAUUAGUGACUUCAGCUGAAAGAAUCCCAGUUAAUUGAAGCAAUUUAAUUUUGCAUUUAUAUAUGCUAUAUAUUUGUACAAAUGAACAAGUUUUGAAGACAUGUAUGAUAACAUAUUUUGUGAAACUAAUUGAAACACUUAUUUUUACAAUAAAAAUUUAAAUACAAAGC